AUGAAUUUACUCUGGUUUUUCUUGUUUUCUGCAGGGGAUGGCUGGUGCACGUCCCCGCUGAAGGUUGUACUUCUCGGAGGAAGAAACUCUGGGAAGAACUCAGUGGGGAACCUAAUCCUGGGGAAAGAGGAGUUUGUCACCAGAGAGCGGACGUCCUGCUCUCGGAGGCUGGGGGUGGUGGACGGACGCUGGCUCACGGUGGUGGACGCUCCAGGCUGGUGGUGUGACUUCAGCGCUCAGGACACGUCCAGGCUCGUGAGAAGGGAGAUCCUGACCAGCGUGUCCCUGUGCUCCCCGGGCCCUCAUGUGUUCCUGAUCACUGUGAAGGCCAGCUCAGCCUUCUCAGAGAGGCGCCGCCGAGCUGUGGAGGAGCACGUGUCCCUGCUGGGACACGAUGUGUGGAGACACUGCAUCGUUGUCUUCACCUUCGCUGGCAGGUCUGAGCACACCGAAGCUCAGCAGGUCCUCGAGAGAGGAGGAGAAGGCCUCAGGUGGCUCACGGAAAGGUGUGGACGGAGGUUCGUUGUCCUGAACGGUGGAGCAGACGGGACAGAGCUGCUGCUGAAGAUCCAGAAGCUCAUCACAGAAAAUGGAAACGGGGCGUUCGAGGUGCGGGACAGCAUCUUACAGGCCGCGGCGGAGGAGAAGCGAAGGGUGGAUGAGAGGGCUCAGAUGAGAUUCAUGAGAAUGAAACGACACAGGUGUCUGAUGAGAGAGAUGUUAAGACCGGUCACUGAUAUUCGCAUCGUGCUGCUGGGAGCAAAGGGUUCCGGAAAGACUUCGGCCCUGAACACAAUCCUGGGCAGAAGGAGCAGCCAGGAGCUCAGGAGGACCGCUCAGUCCUGCGUCGGAGAUGGAGUUGUGUUUGGGAGACAGCUGACGGUGGUGGACACACCAGGCUGGUGGAUGAACUACUUCUGUGAUGAGACCUCCGUUUUCGAUCGGAGGGAAAUAGCUCUCAGCUCGUCUCUCUGUCCCCCCGGGCCUCACGUCUUCCUGCUGGUGAUCCGUGUGGACCGAGCCUUCACCGAGACCCACAGGAGAGCAGCGCAGGAACACCUGGAGCUCAUCAGCGAGCACAUCUGGAGCCGUGUCGUCUUGCUGUUUAGUUUUGGGGACUGGCUGGGGGGCACGACGACCGAGCAGUACCUGGAGACCGAGGGGGAGCCUCUGCUGUGGCUCGUCGAGAAGUGCUCCAACAGGUACCACGUCCUGAACAAUAAAACUAAAGGAGACGGAUUUCAGGUCAGAGAACUGAUCGGGAAGAUCGAAGAGAUGAUGAGCGGCUGCUCUGGCUGCUGGCAUUACGAGAUAGAAAGAAAAGCGCUGGAGGAGCUGAAGACGAGGAUGAAAACAGAGGCAGACAGAGCCAGAGAGAGGCUGAUGAAGAAGGAGGAACAGCGGCGGACAGCCAGGUCUGAGCUCGAGAAGCUCCGCCCCCUGCAGGAGUUCACCGUCAUACUUGCUGGAGGCAGGAAAGCAGGAAAAAGCUCGAGUGGAAACACCAUUCUCACCCGAGAGAGCUUUGACACGGACGCUGGAACCAGCUCCUGCAGCGAACAUCGACAGAACAUCUCUGAGAAGACCGUGUCAGUUGUGGACACUCCAGGAUGCUUCCCGGUGACCUCUGACCUCCUGACGACACCCUCUGCCCUCCUGCUGGUUGUCAACCUGAGCUCCUCAUUUACACACCUCCACAGGGAGGCCAUAGAGAAACAGCUGGAAGCUGAAGGAGGCCAGCUGUGGAGCCGAGCGAUGGUGCUGUUCACCCACGGUGACUGGAUGGGAGACACGAGCAUCGAGCGACGCAUCGAGAGCGAAGGAGCGCCGCUGCAGAGGCUCGUGGAGCGCUGUGGGAACCGGUACCACGUUUUAGACAACAAGAACUGGGGAGAUGGAGCUCAGGUGAGGAAACUGCUGGAGCUGGUGGAGGAGAUGCUGGUUGGACCGAGGCUGGCGGCUCUUCAGAGAGGCCAUCGCAUGUGGAACUGGGUUUCAUCUGCAGAAAAGCACUCGGGUGCAACACGACGUGAGACAACAUUAAAUCAGAGAACAAGCAGCAGAUUGGCUGAAGCAGCUUCAUCUUAUCCAUCACUGACGGGUGCGGGGGGCUCAGAUGCUGCUCAGGUUGUGGCUUUACCAUCAGGAGGAUCCGGAAGACAGACGGGAUUCAUGUUUUUUGACAGAGACAUCUUAACGUCUUUCAUUGUCUCAGUCCUCAAACACGGACUAAGAAGGCCGACAGUAGAUCUGCCUGUACGGUUCUCUGGUUCUUACAGCCUCCUGAGUCUCAGCGACAGCUACAUGUCGUCACCAAGACACCCAACGGACAUGUCCUCAGAGGGAGAUGGUAUCAGCGUGCACGCCCUCUCCCACCCUGCACUGACAGAACAAACCCUCCGGAGGAUGUCUGAGUCUGGAAGCCUGCAGGCUCAGAUCGACCGCAGCAGUCUGGACGAGCUGGAGGCCUUCAUCGACUCGUACUUUGAGAUGACGUGGGAACAAACCACGGGCUCGUUUCAGUCCCCUGAACCCGACUGUCUCGUCGCAGAGCAGGACGCCCUCGUUAGGGAAUCUGAAGGAGAGGAGGUGCUUUCAUCCAUAGACAGAAAACUCUCCAAGCUGGAGCUCCUGGAGGAGAUCAGGGCGGAUUUGGCCGAGCUGAGGCAGAAUCUGGAGAGCCAUACACGAACUCAGAGACAAAAGUGA